AUGACAUCGCGAGAAGAUAGUGUCCUGGCCGCCAGAGACCCAUCUCUUACAGACGAGAACGACUGGGAGGAGUUCAGUCUGUCUGAAGUCAGGGUCCUGGUGCCAGGCAAGUCCCGAUAUGCCAAUCUUCUCACAGCAUCUCCCAGCAACCCUGUUCAGGUAACGGGCUGUUUGGAUGAGGUGGAGGAGGAGCAAGAGUCUCUAGUCCUCGAUCCUGAUUACAUUACAAAACGGAUUGUGAUCGAUAAUGUGACCCAUUAUGCCUACGGCCAACAUAGUGACGGUGAGGUUGGGGUCUGGAUUGCUGGCCGUGCUGGCUGGUUUUCCAUAUCGCCAGCGAGGGGUUACCGACCAAUGUUCAAUGAUGUGGUCGAGGCCAUUGAUCUGUUAUAUUUUUUGGCAGACCGACACCAACCGAAGGGACGAAGACGGAAGAAUUGGAAUCCAAGCGUUGAGUACCUGUGUGAGGAGUAUGUCAACCACACACAUGGUAUCUGCGAGGACGCUGAUGAUUCCGCCGAAGUCUUUUACAAACAUCACAACUUCCUACUCUCUCGGAUGCUGAAGGGUGAAGAGGAAGUAGAAUGGACCAAAACGCAGCUAUUCGAGCAUUUGUGCGAGAAGUUUCCUGAGGACUAUGAAGAAAUUAAAGCUUCACACGAGUCAAAACAAGAUGGGGAAGCUAUGGACGAGGACAAGGAUGAGGAUAUUGAUGAGAUUUCGGAAGAGUCAAAGCAUGCGCCGGAUCCAAGUGUGAUUUCAAAGACGCAGGCAGACGCAAUUUACCAGGUGAUCCUUGAGUUGAAAGAGGCAGGACACUUGGCGAAGCGUCAGCUCAAUCUUGAUUUACUUGCCUCUACCCUUUUGAGCCGGUUCGAGAUAGAUAGUCCCGAGUAUGCACAAGACCUUAUCUCAUCGAGGGCCAACAUCAUCCUGGAACUGAUGGACGAAGCUAAGACCCCGAACUUUGACUGGUCACGGAAGGUUAUCUAUCGUGAGCUGAAGGCCGCGUCAAAGAGGAAUGAACUUCAGCAGAUUACACUUACUCCGUUGCGUCCCCGGACUUCUGAAGGAGAGUCCUCUGAUGAAGAGAGUGAACACGAAGAAAAUCGCAGACCACGAAGACGGCUAGUUCGCAAAUCCGUGCUGCGCCCGAAGUCAAGCGCAUUCUCCACUAAGCAAAUUGGCAAGCGUACGCGAAGCACUGCGAUCGACCCAGAAGAUAUGUCAGAUGAGGAUCAGGAAGGGAUGGAUGAAUUCGAGACCCCCAGUAAAGUCCGCGGUCAUGAUCUGGUGCGGGACCCGCUAUCAACCAGAGCAAAGCGAAGAACUCGCUCAAUCCUGUCAGACACGGCCUCCACGCCUCAACACAAAACGCCUCUGCAGGAAACGCUCCAAAGCCGAAAUACUUCCGUUUCUACCGCAGAUCAGGUCCAGGACUCAGCUGGCUUAGACAUUCCUCAUGCCGACGAUGUGCCAUCUGAUACAUGGACUUGCCAGGUACGAGGAUGCGGAAAGGUGAUCAACAAGAGCAACACGAAGAGAGGCAAAGAAUUAAUUCAAGAUCAUUCUUUGGCGCAUGCAGACGACACGAAGGCCAAACUUGACCUUGUUUUUGCGGAACAAAGGUUGAAUAUUAAUAUACGCGUCGAUAAUCUUCUCGAACGGAUUCGCGAGAUGGGGAACCAUGACGCUGGGCUUUCCCUCAUAGAGAACGGAGCCAACGGUCAAACGGGGUCAUGA